AUGGCUCCACGUGGUGCUCGCAGUGGUGGCGCUCAGCCAUCACGCGGGUCAAAGGCGACUUCCAUGAAGUCUCAGGCUGGCUCUCGAGGUGGCAUUCAAAAGAAGAGAGCCGGCACUACCAAGAUUGACGGAGAUGGAGAUCUCGACAUGGACAGCGCUGCCCGGCGGUCAGGCAGGCCUGUCGGCGUACAGUCAAGCGGUGGGCAACCAAAACCCAAUACGAGAUCCUCUACUACGAACCGUGGCGCUUCCAAAGUCGCACAGAACGUUCUGAAACACCUAGCCAAUGGCAAUAUUGGUGAGACCACGUCCCGCGUCACUAGAGGGAGGACAAAGACCAGCCUGUCCUACCUCAGAGUACAUGGCCUUAGGCAGAGCAAGGCCUCCAGCAACUCCGACGGUGGGGUUAAGGAUCUCCUCAACUUUCUAGAGAGGAGAGCUUCUUUAUUUACCACUGGACGCCAAAGACGAACCAUUUUUAUUAAGAAGGGCGCAUCGAAUUUCCGCAACUACCCCGGACAGCUACUUGUUAAGCCAGGCGCUGAGCGCGACAUGUGUUUUUCUCAGCACACUACAAACUACACCGACUGGAUGCCCCGGAAUAUAUCCCUGGCACACCUUACUGGAGAGUACCUAUUCAUAGGUUCCAGCAAGGAAGAUGCAGAAGAAAUAAUCAAGCUUAACACUUUCAGCUUUGCCGGCGCAGCGUUGGAAAUCGUUGAAUCGACGGAGGGGCUUGGACAGCCUAACAAAGCGACGGAGUCGAAGGAAACGCAAGAGCUUCGCGCUAAAUUGCAGGCGAUUUUAGGCUCAAGAUACUUUCAGGCAAAUAAGCUGCUUAAGCUUGAUGCCCUGUCUACAGAUCAAGAGCUGGUCAGGCUAGGCAUGUUUGAGAAUGCCGAGCGAGCUCUCAAGACAUUCAAGGGCUUGAUGGUCAUUUGUGAUGACCUGUUCAAAACAGCCCAGGAGAAGCGCGACGCCAUUGAAAGCAUAAGCGUGGCAAGCAAUGGCAUUGAUGAUGUUACGCAGGUGGAAAUUGUUGCCAACACGUUCCCUGAACUCAAAAAUCUUGACAUGAGCGGCAACAGGAUUGCCACCAUCAAGGCCAUGGAGCGCUGGAAGGGCAAAUUCAAGGAGCUCAAGACACUCUACAUGACCGGCAACCCGGUUGAAACCGCCGAUCCAAGCUACCAGACAACUCUCCUAGAAUGGUUCCCCAAGCUGCAGGACAUCAACGGUGUUCAUCUGCGUACCGCGGCCCAGAUUGCAGAGCGCGAGGAAGCUUUGAAACCUAAAGCCAUUCCACAAAGCGGCCCAGACUUCAGGGACGUCAAUGGGAUCGGGGAAAAGUUUCUGUUGGAAUUUUUUGGGGCUUACGACAACGAUCGUCAAGGCCUCAUUACCAGGUUGUACGACGAGGAUAGCCAGUUUUCUCUGGCGGUCGACACCAACUCUGUAAGAGACGAGAGUGCGCCGACACCUUUGCCAUGGUUAGCAUACUUGAGGUUCUCACGGAACCUGGUCAAAAUCACACAUCAAAACGCCAGAGCCACGCGACUAUUCAAGGGGGCGAGUGGCAUCUAUGACUUGUGGAAACUUUUGCCGCUGACGCAGCAUCCCAACAUCAAGACGGAUUUGAGCAAGUACAUAAUGGACUGCCAUCCUCUUCCGGGCCUGGUUGAUCCAUCCGGACAAAAUCCGCUGGGGGUGGAUGGCCUCAUUAUUACCGUGCACGGCGAAUUCGAUGAAUAUGAUCAAAAGAGUGCCACGACGGGCAAGAGGAGCUUCUCGCGCACCUUUGUGCUCGGGCCCGGCCAGCCAGCCAGGGGUGGAAUCCGCGUCGUCAGCGACAUUCUUUCGCUCCGCGCAUGGAACGCAUUGCCAAACGUCUUCAACACCAACGGCACAGCAACAGCGGCCCCGGCGGCCCAGGCGCCUGAUCAGCGCGCGGCCAUGGUCGCUGAGCUAUGCAAGCAGACUGGCAUGACGCCUCAGUACUCUGAGAUGUGCCUAACGCAGGUGGACUUUGUGUUUGACAGGGCGCUUGCUAUUUUCAACGACAAAAAGGCGCAACUGCCACCUGAAGCUUUUGCAGCACCUGGGCAUUGA